GAGAGGGAGAGGGAGAGAGAGAGAGAGGCAGAGAGAGACUUUGGAUUCAUUUUCAGCAGAUCUGAGUCUCACUUUGAUUCUUCUUCCGCUCUCCACAAACUUUCGGGAAUCUUUCCAGGUUGAAUCCGGGCGGCUUUUUUCCGGACUCGAUCAGCCGCUCUCUGCGCUACAGGAAUGCACUUUGCAGGAAAGGCGCAAAACUCCUCCUGCUGCCUUGUUUUCCCCGCAAACCGGGAUUUAUAAAUGAGCGGCGAUGCACCUGUGAGCGACCCGGAGUGUAGCAGCUCAUUCUGGGCUCCAGCACCGCCGCCGGGCUGAGCGCCGUCCCCGCGGGCCGGGCAUGGAGCGCCGCGGCCGGGCGGGGCUCCAGCCGGCGGGCGGAGGAGAGGGAGGCGGAUGGGUGCUGGUGGAGGCCCGGCUGCAGGGAGGAGCGCCGUGGGGCUUCACCGUGCAGGGCGGCCUGGAGCACGGACAGCCUCUCAUCAUCUCCAAGGUGGAAGAAGGCGGUAAGGCAGACAGCGUGGAGCGCCCUCUGCUGGUUGGGGAUGAGAUCAUCAUCAUCAACGACGUGGAGCUGAGUGGCUACAGACAGGAAGCCAUCGCUCUGAUCAAAGGGUCGUUCAAGACGCUGCAGCUCACCGUCCGCAGGGAGUUCGAUCCCGGAUACAUCGAGGAGUUCACGUCACCGAACUCCGGGGCCGCUCUUCGUCUUCCCUCACCUCCUCCUGAUCUCCGUUUCCAAUCCCCAUCACUGUCGCCGCCGCCGUCACAGGAAACCCCAUCGUCCAAUCACAGCCGGCGAUGCUCAGCGGUCCAACUACGCAUCAGGAACCGACGCAGUGAGCCGGCGUCUCGCCCUCAUUCCUGGCACUCGACCAAACUGGGCGACGAUCAACCAGACCUGGAGCAGAUGGAGUCGAUGGGCCCCGUCUGGGGCCACAGUUACCCCAGCAGCGCCUCCACCACCGACCUGUCGGCCGGGUUUGACCCCAGCGGCGGCUACCUGAGGAAGAGUCCGGACCAGUACAGCUCCAGGGGCAGCAUGGAGAGCCUGGACCCGGCCCAGUCCUCCCAUCACCACCCAGUGACGCAGCAGCAGCUCCCACUGGGCCACCGCAGCCAGACUGGGCCCAACCCGGCCUACUCGUCCUGCCAGCAGCUUUCCUCUGCCAGGUCGAACAGCAUCGACCUCCUGCACAGCAAGCGGGACUCGGCCUACUCCUCCUUCUCCACCAGCUCCAGUAUUCCCGAGUACCUGGCCUCCACGCCCUCCUUCGGCCCGGAGCGCUCCUGCUCCCUGGACGCCGUCCCGCAGAGAGGCGCCGGCAGCGCCGAGAUGCUGCAGGCCGACAUCCGAUACGUCCGCGCCGUCUACGACGCCCAGCAGGGCCUGACUCAGGAGCAGGAGCUGAACUCGUCCAGAACCGGGCCCAGGUCCGGGCCAAGAGACCUCCAGGGCUCAGUGGGCGGGGUCUGUUACCGCGGCGCUAACGGCAGCAGAGGCGGCGGCGUCCCGGCGUCGAACAGGCACAGCGUGGGGCCCAUCUGGGGCCAGGCGGCCAGUCGCAGCUCCUACGAGAGCCUGAAGGGGGCGCCCGCUCCGCCAAGGCGCAGCGACAGCUACGCCGUCAUCAGGAACCACGAGAGGCCAAACUCCUGGUCCAGUCUGGACCACGCCCGGUCGCUACGGUCUCUGCAGAGCAGCUCAUUGCAUCACUCCAGCGGUCCGGUGGCCUCAGCGAAAGCGUCGUUUGGCGCUGAGGGUCAGCUCCACACCGUGAUGGAGAAGAGUCCGGAGAGCAGUCCCACCACGAAGCCCAGGCAGGGCGCCGGCUUCUCCCAGCCCCCGUCCCCGACCGGGCCCAGCUCCCCGCCCAGCCGCCUCAUUCUGCCUGCCGGCGUUUACCCGGUUCCCCAGCCAGAGCCUCAGUACGCGCAGACGCCCAGCGCCGGUCCCGGUCCGUCUGGAGUCUUCACGGCUCUGACCAAGGAGAGCAGCCGGCAGCCGGCGCUCCGGGACGAUCGGACCACAGAAAACGGCCACCAAGGCAUCGGCUCCUCACCGUAUUCCCGCUCCUCGUACUCCGGACCUGGAUCCUCACAGCUCAGGUCCAGACUGCCUGAGGCGGACAGUUGGCACCAGCAACCAGAGUCGAACUCUGAAACCCAUAAACCGCACCUGAAAACCCCUGGAGCCGGAUCCGAGGGUCCGACUGGACCCCACAAGCCUUACAGGAACCUCAGCCAGAACCUCGACGAUCCACUUCUGAAAGGACAGCAAGAGCAGAACCACAGGAUUACUCCGGUCCAUUCGGUCCCAGACCUCAGAACGGCGUCCUCACAGGGGAGGAGCGAGUCCAGAGACAACACCCGACCCAGAGAGCCGCCCACCGUUCCGUCAGAACCAGCCGGGUCGUCCCGGGUCGCCCAGGGUCAGGUGCCGCCGCAUCCAUCCGCCCAGUGGAGCCACAGAGACCCAGACAGCGAUCACCCUCUGACCCGCCUGGAGAUCGCCCUCGCCGAGGUCCAGCGCUGCGCCGUCCCCGACGGCCCAGACGGCGGCCAGAGCCCGGCCCGCAGCCUGUCGGUUCUGGAGAAAGUCAGUCACUUUGAGCGGCGGAGAGACGGAGGGAAGCAGCGCAGCUUCAGCACCAACUCCUACUGCAAAUCCUCCCACCUGGGGGUGACAGAUAAAGGUCGCAGCUCCCCCUGUGGAGCGGAAGACCUCAGAAAUAUGCUGGAAAGGAGCACGAAAGGGACCAAAACCCACAGGACGAUGAGCUACAGAGGAGGUGGCAAUGAGUACAUGAAACACAGGCUUCCGGCCGAUCCCGUCUCCGCGCUCCAGAGAAGCCGCAGCAGCUUCCAGCUGGACGGAUCAAAGGACGGAGACGUCAACAGGAACUUUCCUUAUCGACCUGAACCCCAGGAGGCAGCUGACCCCCUGCAGGACAGGUCUUACAGGGACUCUGUGAAGGACGCCCAGCCCAACGUCCUUCGCUCCGCUUCAUUCAGACAGAGAGACCUCAGCUCUCCGCCUCCUGUCGUCUCCGGUCCUCAGCCGUUCCCCAACCCUGCUAAGUACAACUCACUGGAGAAAAAAGGCCCCAAAACGAAGCCCAAACCGCAGGGCAUCGUCAUGCCGCCAGUCACUUCCCCUCACACCCCGAAGGAGAGGCAUGCGGUCAGCCCUGAUAACGGAGGCCAGAGCCCGCCGCCGCUGCCCAGCGUCCCUCCGGUCGGGCCGCCGGCUCUGACCAGGAUCUGCGGCCGCAAGCGUCUGACGGCCGACCAGAAGAAACGUUCGUACUCCGAACCAGAGAACAUGAACGAAGUGGGAGUUUCUGACCCAGAAACAGCUGCCCUCUUCCGACGAGGAGGAGAAACUAGCGUAGCUGACCGUCGGAAGAUGUUUGAGCUAGCAGCAAGCCACGUUGGCGCCGGCGUGUCGAGGUCUGACCUGCGGCAGCUCCGCCAAGACGCUCUGGUUGAGUACAUGGAGAGGAAGCGAGGGAUGAGGAGGGACGAGGCAGGGCAAAGGACUGGAUCAAGACCUCGCAGCGCUUAUUUCCACCCUGAACAGGGCUACCACACAGACACCUACAGCCUCUCGUCCACCUCCAGCAUGCUUUCCCUUCAGGACCCUGGUCCGGAUCAGGGCGUCCCUGCUCUUGGUUCUGACCGUUGGAGCCUCCAGUCCAACCUUUUCUACCCGGGCAGGGUGACCACACCCAGACCUCCAGCUCAGCCAAUCCCUGGCUCCAGUCUUGAUCUUCAUACCCAAAUCAGCCAAGAUCUGAACCCUGAAGCCCAAAUCAACAGACACAGUCAGUCCGGAACCAGAGACUCAAACAGAAGCCAAGACCGGCAGAUCGCUGAGCCUCAGUACAAACCCGGACUCUCUACGAAGGUCAACGAGGCGUUGCAGAGGGUCGGGUCGGUCCACAGGUCCGGGAGGUCGGCCUCUGCUGAGGAUCUGCUGGAGCGUUUGGAAAACAAAUACUCACCUCAACACAUUCGCUCUCGCUCGUCCCCGACCGCAGACAAACUCAGCCAGAACUUAAUUUCAGGAGACAUCAAGAGUUUCGACGUCUCCUUCUCUGAAUCUGGACGAUGUGCUCUGGCUGCAGAUCGACCUGCAGACAUUCAUGGAUCAGCAGAGUUCAGUUCUCAGUCAAACCGGUUCAAUGAGAACUCUGACCGACCGACGGCAUCUCCACAAGACGUCUCUCACACCCCCGUCAGUCGUCGGGAGCGCCAGAGGAACGGCGAACGUCUCCGGGCCUACAGCACCUCCACCUUGGCGGCCUCCGUCGGCCUUCCCUCGCCCUUCUCCUCUCCCGGGAACCAGCAGGACGGCGGCGCCGCGGAGUGGACAUCCGGCAAGAGGCUGAGCCAGGCCAACCUGGACGCCAUCACCUUCCCGGGAAUCCCACAGACCGGCGGCAGACAGACGAGACGCAGCCUGAGCGACGGAACCGCAGAGGACGAACACCGAGGCAGAACCUUAAGCUUGGAGCUGACUGGAGAGAUUUCUGAAAAUACCAAACCAGUUUCACCAGUCACAUCAGCACCGCCGCCAUGCAGGAAGACCAGUGGGAGCUCCACUUCCUCCCAUCAGUCCGUCCAUCCACACCUGUCCUCUCUGAGGAUCUCUGAAUCCAGCCUCUUCGAGCAGCAGCCGCUGCAGACGUCAACAGGAAACCUUCAGGAGUUUGACGACGUCUUCCUCACCAACCCUCCUCUUCCUCCUCCUCCUCCGGGGAGGAGUCGCAUUUUAGGAACGAAAAAAGAGGAAAACAUGCAGGAGACAGAAAAAACCCACAAAAAGGGAAAUUUUCACCAUUAGCAACACGUUCAGGUUUUAAGGAAGUUUUAUUCUUAAAUAUGUUUUUGUGCUAAACAAUAAUUUCAUCAGAAGCAGGUUUUUUUUUUUAACAUUUUGGAUGUUUAGUUUUUUUUUUGCUCUGUUUUCCAGCUGCAGGGGCUGAUGGGAGCUGCGCUCAGUCCCAGCCGAAUGGCUCCACGUUCUGCCGCGCCUCGUUUCCACGGGAACGCCCGGCGGCUGAUCGGACACCAGAACCCGGUCGGGCCGCCGAGCCGCUUCCCGUUCUACGAGGCGCCGACCGGCUGCAGAGGAGGGCA